GGAGCGGGUGAGGCGCGCGUGAAGGAGGGGUCGCGAUCACUGGGGCCGGCGAUCGAGGUCACGGCCCAGGGCGAUUGUUGGGGAGCAGCCUGGGACCGGCGUCCGCGGCGAGGGCUGGGUUUGGCCACCACCGCGGCCACCGGCCCGCGCCUCUUGUGGACCCGGCGGCUCGGCGUCCGCGGCGGGGUCCACAGGCCUGAAAGUGACGCGGCCCUGCGGGGAGGGCUCCUUCCGCAGGGACCUGGCCUCUCCCGGAAAGGCCGACUGACGCCCCGGCCCAGGCAGACCAACUCCUGACCCCGACAGAGUCACUGGCCACCCCCACGCUCCCUCCUCAGCGCCCUCCCUCACCACGGACCACAGGCUGUGUACUUGUUCCACUUGGAGCGCGUAUUAAUACGUUUACACGAGGGCACCCCGACCCCUCCAAGGCUGAACGCGCAGGCACACGCCGCAGCCUGGUGCAGGGUUGCCGGAUGCAGACGCCCUGACUCCGUAGGGACAGACAGACACUUCCAACCCGACUGAGACACGCUUCCCCUGUACACGUGGCUGUUCCAGAACGUACUCCCGCCCCUGACUCUGGCCCACCCGCAGCCUAGGAACCUACUGUGUCAUCAUGGACCCAGAGUGCUCCAAGCUCCUCCCCGCUCUCUGCGCUGUUCUGGCGGACCCCAGGCAGCCCGUGGCAGAUGACACGUGUUUGGAGAAGCUGCUGGACUGGUUUAAGACGGUUACUGAAGCAGGGUCCAGUGUCCUGCUGUUACAGGAGAAUCCCUGCUUGGUGGAGUUGCUGUUCCAGGUGCUGAAACCCCAGGACCUGAGCUCCGGAGUCCUCUCCUUCUCACUCCGUCUUGCAGGGAUACUGGCAGCCCAGGAAAACUGCUUCCAGUAUCUUCAGCAGGGGGAGUUGCUGCGGGGGCUCUUCGGGGAGUCAGGCCCCCUGGGCCGAGCAGCCUGGACGGCCCCCACCGUGCGCAGUGGCUGGAUCCAGGGCUUGCGCUCCCUGGCCCAGCACCCCAGCGCCCUGCACUUCCUGGUGGGCUGCGGUGCCCUGGGCACCAUCUUCUCCUUGCAGGGAGACCCCAGCCUGUUUGUGGCCUCGGCGGCCGGGCAGCUCCUGGCACACGUCCUGGCUCUGUGUAUGCGAGGCCAAGCCGAGGAACACCCCGGCCCGCAGGCUUCUGACUGGCCGACGUGUGCCCAGCAGAUCGUGGACCACGUAGAAGAGUCCCUGCGCUCCGCCGACAGCCCGCAGGUCACGCAGGCCCUGAACGUCCUGAGUACCACGUUCGGGCACUGCCACAGCCCUUGGACACAAGCCCUCUGGGUGCGGCUGAGUCCCCUCGUGGCCUGUCUGCUCGAGAAAGACCCCGUCCCCGCCGCACACUCGCUGGUGGACCUCCUCCUCAGCGCGGCCCGUUCUCCUGUGCUGAGUGCUGACUGUGGCCUGUGGGAGACCUUGGCACAGACCCUGAGCCAUCUGAGCUGCACGCAAGCAGGGCCUCUGGCUUUGGGGGUCCUGAAACUGCAGGCCUGUCCACAGACCCUGAGGGCCCAGGCCUUUGGUGUCCUCCUCCAGCCCCUGGCCUGUGUCCUGGAAGCCGCUGCUCAGGCCCCUGGGCUCCCAGGCCUGCCAGCUGGGACCACGGGUGACUCCGUGGUGGUGGACACGCUCCUGUCCUCCAAGUCGGCCUGUGUGGGUCUCCUGUGCCAGACCCUGGCCCACGUGGAGCUGCUGCAGCCCAUGCCCCAGCGUCCCUCACCCUGGCCCCAGGCGCCCCUGCUUGGAGCUGCGGUGGCAGUCCUGCGGUUCUGCAAUGGCUCGGCAGCCCCCACCUCUGACGUGGGGGGCCGCCUCUGUGUCAUCCUGGUGGGUUGUGUCCGGGUGCAGCGAGCAGCCCUCGAUUUCCUGGGGACGCUGGCUCAGGGAUUAGGCCCUCAAGAGUUGGUGACGCAGGUGCUUGCUGUCCUCCUGGAAUACCUCAAGAGCCCUGACUCCAGCCCCACGGUUCUGAAGAAGGCCUUCCAGGCCGCACUCAGGUGGCUCCGGAGCUCACCCAAACCUUCUGGCUGCUGCGACAUGGACCCCCACAGCCAGCAGUUCCUCAGAGAGCUUCUCCCUGUGCUGCAGAAGCGCCUGUGCAGCCCCUGCUGGGAGGUGAGGGACUCGGGCCUCGAGUUCCUGACCCAGCUGACCAGACGCUGGGGAGGGCAGGCUGGCUUCAGACACACACUCCUGGCCUCAGAGGUGCCUGAGCUCGCCGAGCAGCUCCUGCGAGACCCUGAGAGUUACGUCCGCGCCAGUGCGGUGAAUGCCAUGGGGCAGCUUUCUAGCCAGGGGCUGCGCGCCACCUCCGCCAGCCCUGAGUACCCAGGAGGCCAGCAGAAGAGCCUGCUCCUGGACCUUCUGCACAUCCUGUCCGCCGACUCGGAGGGCUUCCCCCGGAGGGCUGUCAUGCAGGUCUUCACUGAGUGGCUGAGGGACGGCCACGCCGAAGUGGCCGAGGACCCAGAGCAGUUUGUGGCCAGGGUGCUCCAGGUGGCGAGCCAGGACCUGGACUGGGAGGUCCGGGCCCAGGGCCUGGAGCUGGCGCUGGUGUUUCUGGCUCAGACGCUGGGCCAGCCCGCCUCCUACUGUCCCUGUACCAUGGCCCCCCCCGAGGUGGCCCCGCCUGGCCGGCUGGCCCAGGCCCUACAGGCGCUCUGCCGAGUGCGGCUCUUUGAGUUUGCCUUUCGAGCCUUGUUUGACUGUGACCGACCCGUGGCCCAGAAGUCCUGUGACCUCCUCCUCUUCCUGAGGGCCAGGGCUGCUCCCUGUGGCAACCCACAGGAUGCGGGGAGCAGUCCCAAUGUGGCCUCUGCGGAGGCUGCCCUGCAGAGGUGGCGGGCGGGCCAGCAGGGCCAGCCCCAGGAGGACCUGGAGCCCGAGGCUGUGAUGGCCGUGCUGAGGUCCGUGGACCUGGAGGGCCUUCGGGGUGCCCUGGCUGAGAGCAGUGACCACGUGGAGAAGAGCCCUCGGUCCCUCCUGCAGGACAUGCUGGCCACCGUGGGCACCCUGGUGGAGAACGAGGCCGACUGCUACUGAGGCAGCCCAGUGGUGACCUCUCGGGCCCUGUGCCGCUGAGCUUUGUCCCUUCCUCAGGUCCCAAGGGCUCCAGCUCAGCCUGGCUGCACCAGGGAUCCACAGGAAAGCCAGACCAGGUGAGACCAGCAAGGUCAGAGUCACACAUUUUGAUGUAUUAUUAAAGUGGCUUUUUCUACUAA